UCCCACCAUUGUUCUAUAAAUUCAAGAGGAAUUCAUCCCCAAAUUAAAACAAAACAUAGGUGCCUGGCCUUUUUGACAAUAGUUUUUGAGAAUGUUGAUUCAUCAAAGAAAUGUUCUACCAAUUUUGUUGGUAUUAUAUUUGCUUAUGAGUUUUGACGGAGUUCAAGGAGAAAUAAAGUUGUCCAAGCUAGAGGAAUUAUCAUUGGAAAAACAACUUAAAUUGUUGAACAAACCAGCGGUCAAAACAAUCAAGACUACAUGGGGAGACACAUACGAUUGUGUGGAUUUUUACAAGCAACCUGCAUUUGAUCAUCCAUUACUAAAGAAUCACAAUUUUCAUCCCGAGAUGAAACCCACUUUAUCGACGAUAAAGCAAACUCCAAGUAACUCAACCAUUGAUAUUUCAAGGACAUGGAUAGAGAAAAAUGGUUGUCCUUCGGGAACCGUUCCCAUCAGAAGAGUUACCAAAGAUGAUCUUAUUAGACAAAGACGUAUGCCAUCACGAGAAGAUUUCAUAUUUGAAGCUCCAUUAGAUGAUACUAACAUCAUUCUUGAGGAAAGAGGAGUAAACACGCGUGCAAUAGUUAAAACUCCAGAUGAUUCAAGAAACAAGUUUGCUGGAGCGGGAAUGGUAGCUAGCUUAUGGAAUCCUAGUGUUGAAGGUGCACAAAAUAGUGCGUGUCGAUUGAAGAUUCAAAAAGGACCAGAUAGCAUGCAGGCUGGUUGGAGAGUUGAUCCAACGUUAUAUGGGGACAAUAAAACUAGGCUUUUUAUACAUUUUCAAGCUGGAGAUAGACAGUGCUUCGAUAUACUAUGUCCUGGCUUUGUAUUAAUAAAUAGUGAAAUAGUUCUUAAUAUCGCACAUGAAAAUGUUGCACUUCAAGGGGCUCCACAUAAUCGGGAGAUCACUCUCUACAUUGUUCGGGAUCUUACAAAUGGAAACUGGUGGCUUUUAUACGGAGAAAAUCAGGAUAAAGUUGGUUUUUGGCCACGUGAUCUUUUCACUUCAUUACAAAACGAUUUUGUUGAGAAUGUUGAGUGGGGAGGAGUGACAUACACUCCGCCAAAUUCAUCUAAUCCUCCAAUGGGCUCUGGUUUUUUUCCUGAAUUUCCAGAUCCUUCGCGUUAUGCUUAUUGUAGGGGUCUUGUACUUUUAAAUGAUAAGGGCGAAACUAUAAAUGCAGAAAAAACACUCAUAUUUCUUGACAAUCAAUCAUUAUACAAAGUUUUGGAUAGACCAUAUUAUGGAACUGGAAAGUUCCCACAUUAUGUAUUUUACGGGGGACCUAAUGUUCCAAAAGAAAAACUAAUGUGA